CUCAGGAUCGUAUUUUUGUUCCUGUGUCAACGAAAAGAAGAAAGAACAGUAACCUGUGAGACCCGGCUAAGUUUUCAUCAAAGAUAGUUUUUUUCAAUCAUUACGAAAAAGUAUCCUCAUAUCUGACACCAGCCAGACACCCACCGCCUUAGCAGAACUCUUUUUAAAGAUGAACUCCAAUGUGGAGAAUUUGCCUCCUCAUGUUCUUCGCUUGGUCUACAAAGAAGUUUCAGCUUUAGCGGCAGACCCGCCUGAGGGUAUCAAGAUUUAUCCCAGCGAGGAAGACAUAACUGAGCUGCAUACAGCCAUCGAAGGACCGGAGGGAACUCCGUUUGCUGGUGGCGUUUUCCGAAUGCGUCUGGUCCUCGGGAAGGACUUCCCUGCGGUUCCACCCAAGGGGUAUUUCCUGACCAAGAUUUUUCACCCCAACGUGGGUCACAAGGGAGAGAUCUGUGUCAACGUGCUGAAGAGGGACUGGAAGGCAGAACUUGGCCUCAGACAUGUCUUACUUACCAUCAAGUGUCUUCUGAUCCAUCCAAAUCCAGAGUCUGCUCUGAACGAAGAGGCAGGGCGUUUGCUGUUAGAGGACUAUGCAGAAUAUGAGUCCCGAGCUCGUCUUCUCACAGAGAUCCACGCCAUGGGUGGGCCUGGCAGUACCUCUGGGGCACCUCAGGACCCUAAUGACGGCCCACAGCCGAAGAAGCAUGCAGGUGACCCCACAAAGAGAGCAGGACCCAGUGCAGCAGCUGUGCCAGCAGCUCUGGGUAAUGGAGCUAACGGAGCCAGUACCACCACCAGCAAUAGCAACAGUAGUAGUAGUAGCACUAACAAUGUAGCAGGGAAAAAGAAAGCAGAUAAAAAGCGUGCAUUGAGGCGACUUUAAUACCUCAGCAUAAUUCUCUGUGUGCGUAUGUGGGUGAGCGUGUGUAAAUAUAAAUAUCGAAGUGUGCAAAUGAUGUUUUUGUUCCUUUUUUCUGACUCUUUCUACCACCUAUCCAGACUGUCCACUGUCCUAUUGGCAUUACAGGUUUGUUAAUUAUUUCCAUACUUAAAGACACGAUGAAAAGUAUCUGUUCCUCUUUGAAAGGAAAGAUGACACAGUCACUGUCAUGCCAUCUGUUCUAUUUUGCCCUCGGCCUGGAGUGAAUGAAUGAUACAGGGAAUGGCUUUCACUGUGCAAAACAUGGCCUCUAAUGUCUGUCCAUUGAUGGUCCCAGACUUAACAUCAGCUGUUUUUAAAGUGUUUCUUGGUAAAUUCUGCUGUGAUGGUACUGUGUACUGUGCAGCCAGGCUCAGUCUAAAUCAGGAUGCUACUUUAAUUCAAAUCAUAUUUUCAAAUUGAGCUAAAAGGAAAUAACAGCAGAAGUUGCUAAACAAAUAUGCAAGAAGUCGCUGGAUUCAUUAUUGGAAGAGAAAUGUUAAUUUCACACAAAAUAGUAACAUCUUGUUAAAUAGUACUUUUCACAUUGUGGUCUGAAUGAAGUAAAGGUGUGGAAAGAGUUGGCAGUGGAUAUAAGAGGUCUGUUUUGUCAUGGAACCUCAACCCCUUUUAACGUUUUUUUAAAUUUUUUUCUGAAAUUGUUUCACUGUCAAGUAUUUUCAAAAGUUGUUUAUAAUUGACAUGUUCAUAUUCAGCUGUCUUGUGGUUGUGUGUGAAGACCUAGAUCAGUGGCUUUAAGGGAACAGGGUAGGCUGCCAGACUACUUUAUUAAAAAAUAAAAAAGAAUAAUUUAUUCUCUGUAUUAAGCAUACAGUGGUGUGACUUGUUUAAACUACCCCUGCUUCCCUACAAAGCAGUAUGUGCUCUCAAAUGCCCAGCUGUCCAACCAGCCAUGUGGGUACCUGAGAAGACAUCUCUGUAGGAAAACUUCCACGUUUGAUAGAAUUUGUCUCCCAAACCGUAGCACUGGCGGGGUUUCCAGGGCAGGUUUUCUCUCUGUUCUAAAUGCAUGCGGGGCCUACAUUUCCCAAGGAAACACACUGAAGCGCUGUGUUAAUUUGGAUGGAAAAGGUGCCUCUGAAACUCCUGUCAUCGUGCAGACUGUUGGCUGGAUAUUUUGUGUCCAUUUUAAAUUAUUUAAAUUAAUAAAACAUUGAAAUACGAGAAGUGAAAUGGAAAA